AUGGAAGUCCACGUCGAGCCUCAAGCCAUGGCUGAAGUAGUGGUCGACAAGGUCUUGCCUUCUUCCUCAUCUUCGACCUCCAGGGUGAAGGUCACACCUAUUCCUGCGGCACUUAUAGAUGCGACGUUCUCGUCGUCCACAAAUCUAUCAACUACCGUUCUUGGUGCUCAAGUCCUCUCAUUCUCAGACGAGUACUUUGCCUCUGCGUCCAACCUCCUGACCGCCGGUCCACCGAUACGUAAAGCUGGAUAUUUCGUACAUACAGGUGCCUGGUACGACGGUUGGGAGACGAGGAGGCAUAACACGAAAGAGUAUGACUGGGUUGUGAUAAAGCUCGGUGCCGUUGGGAUAAUUGAUGCCAUCGAAGUUGACACAGCCUAUUUCAACGGAAAUGAGGCUCCAUUUGCAGGGGUAGAUGGAGUAUUUUUGACUACAGAACAAGAGAAGGAAAGUGGUGUUGAGACUGAAGGAUUUCAGAACUGGACUGAAAUCCUCCCACCUUCCAAAUGCGGUCCAUCGCAAAGACAGGCUUGGAAACUGUCGGGACCUGCUGUGUCAAACAAAGAGUUCACUCAUUUGAGAUUGAAGCAAUAUCCGGAUGGCGGGAUUGCCAGACUACGCGUAUAUGGACGAGUCGUACCUCCACCAUUACCAGUACAAGCAGCCGGUGGUGAAAGACCUGUCGAAGAUCUGGCGAGCGCACUCAAUGGAGGUGUCGCUGUUGAAUGUUCUGAUCAACACUUUGGCGGCAAAUCCUACUUGUUGCUACCCGGUCGCGGAAAGGAUAUGGGCGAUGGUUGGGAAACCGCUAGAAGCAGAACCCAAGGCCAUACGGAUUGGGUGAUCGUCAAACUUGGGCUGAAAGGCCGAAAUAUUUCCAAGGUUGUGGUCGACACGAAAGACUUCCGAGGUAACUUCCCUCGCGCUGUUAAAGUUGAAGCAUUGGCUACAGAAGUGGCGAAGGCUGCUCUUGGGACCGAGAGUGACCCGAAGCAUGAUGCACCAGGUUGGGUGGAAUUGGUCAAAGGCGAGAAGAGCACAAAGGCUGACACAGAGCACAUUUUCGAAAAUGAAGAGCUGGCUGUGACUGCUCCGCCGGACGGAUUUGUUUGGACGCAUGUCAAAAUGACCAUCAUACCAGAUGGCGGAGUCAAGAGGAUACGAGUUUUCGGGCAGCGAGCAUAG